GUGAACAAUUUCCUGAUGACUGGUCCAAAGGCUUACCUGAUAUAUUCCAGCAGUGUGGCAGCUGGUGCCCAGAGUGGUAUUGAAGAAUGCAAGUAUCAGUUUGCCUGGGACCGGUGGAACUGCCCUGAGAGAGCCCUGCAGCUGUCCAGCCAUAGUGGCCUUCGCAGUGCUAAUCGGGAGACAGCGUUUGUACAUGCCAUCAGCUCUGCUGGGGUCAUGUACACUCUGACUAGAAACUGCAGCCUCGGGGAUUUUGACAACUGUGGCUGUGAUGACUCCCGCAAUGGGCAGCUGGGGGGCCAAGGCUGGCUGUGGGGAGGCUGCAGUGACAACGUGGGCUUCGGAGAGGCAAUAUCCAAGCAGUUCGUCGAUGCCCUAGAGACAGGACAGGAUGCCCGGGCCGCCAUGAACCUGCACAACAAUGAGGCCGGCCGCAAGGCGGUGAAGGGCACCAUGAAACGCACGUGUAAGUGCCACGGCGUGUCCGGCAGCUGCACCACGCAGACCUGCUGGCUGCAGCUGCCUGAGUUCCGCGAGGUGGGCGCGCACCUGAAGGAGAAGUACCACGCGGCUCUCAAGGUGGACCUGCUGCAGGGUGCCGGCAACAGUGCGGCCGGCCGCGGCGCCAUCGCCGACACCUUCCGCUCCAUCUCCACGCGGGAGCUGGUGCACCUGGAGGACUCCCCGGACUACUGCCUGGAGAACAAAACGCUAGGACUGCUGGGCACCGAAGGCCGAGAGUGCCUGCGGCGGGGGCGGGCCCUGGGCCGCUGGGAGCGCCGCAGCUGCCGCCGGCUCUGCGGGGACUGCGGACUGGCGGUGGAGGAGCGCCGUGCCGAGACCGUGUCCAGCUGCAACUGCAAGUUCCACUGGUGCUGCGCCGUCCGCUGCGAGCAGUGCCGCCGGCGGGUUACCAAGUACUUCUGCAGCCGCGCCGAGCGGCCGCGGGGGGGCGCGGCGCACAAACCCGGGAGAAAGCCCUGA